CAAAUACGCGCUCUGAUCCUCUCUACGCGCUUAGUAGAGAACAAGGGAUAACCGGCUGUAAACUAAAAGCCAAACCGGGACUAUACAUUGUAUUUGACAGUUAAACCAUGAAUAAAGACACAGAGAUCGACAUGAAAGAAGUGGAGCUCAACGAGCUCGACCCAGAGAAGCAGCCCAUGACGGGGGACGGUCAGGCUCCAGGCGGGGAGAAAAACGGCAGCGUCAAGCUGAAAGUUCCCGAUGAUGAGGUUACCUUCACCGGGCUGUCCAAAGAGGAGCUGAUGAAGGUUGCUGGCACUCCAGGAUGGGUGAGGACCCGCUGGGUUCUUCUUGUCCUCUUUUGGUUGGGCUGGAUUGGCAUGCUUGCUGGAGCCAUUGUAAUCAUAGUCCAGGCUCCUCGCUGCAAGGCUAUUCCUGAGAUGAACUGGUGGAAUGAAGGGCCUGUCUACCAGAUCACUGACCUUGAAGCGUUCUCUGGAGGAUUGAAAGGUGUUGAAGAAAAGUUGGAUGACAUUAACCAGCUAAAGGUGAAAAGCCUGGUAAUCGGACCUCUUCAUACUGUCCAGGCCAACCAGAUGACUGGUCUGAACCUUCAAGAAAUUAGUGCAGAGCUUGGAAAAGCUGAAGAUCUCGACAGCUUGUUGAAGGCGGCCCACAAAAAGGGCAUUUCUGUGGUGCUUGACCUGACUCCAAACUACAAAGGAAAUCCUGUGUGGUUUGAUAAAACAGACCUUACAGAAAUAAUGGAAAAAGUCAAGACUGCAGCUGAGUUCUGGCUGAGUAAGGGUGUUGAUGGCAUCAAGAUAUCUGACCUUGGCAUUGCCUCCAUCAGUCCUGAAUGGGCCAAACUGCGGAUGGCGGUCCAGGGAAAUGGCACUGAUGACACCAAGAAGAGGGCUCUGAUGGGUGUGGUCAACAAUAUUUCAGCUAAUGAGGUGUCUCAGCUAGUCAAUGUCUCUGGUGUCGAUCUAAUCUUGUCUGACCUGCUCAGUAGAAACACGAAAGGUAAAGAGCGCAUUGAGGUCCUGAAGACCCUCCACUCUGAGCAGAGAAAAAUAGGCUGGGGUCUCGGUGCUGCUCAGAAGGACCAUCUGUCUAAACAGGCAACGACUUGGGGCCUAAUUCGUCUCUACCAGCUUCUGCUCUUCACCUUGCCUGGAACCCCUGUGUUUACCUACGGAGAUGAAAUUGGCCUUCAGGCAAAUCAGAUGAGCAGCAAAGCAAACCAGACCAGAGAAGCUCCGAAGAUGGUUUGGAAUGUAGAGAAGGAAGAAACUGACGGUGCUAAGUCUAACCAUACUGAAUACGCUGAAAUAAGGAAGUGGUUCAGAUCCCUCAGUGACCUGCGAGGCAAAGAGCGCUCCCUCCUGCACGGCGACUACUAUAGUCUCUACAGCUCUGCCAAGUCUCUCUCUUUCCUUCGUGUGUGGGAUCAGAGCGAGAGAUACAUAACAGCUGUAAACUGGGGAGAUGGCCUCGAGGAGCUGAAAUUAAGUCUGGAACCCACAGAGGGGGUAGAGCUACCAGAAACGGCCAAGGUGAAGCUGUCAACUGACCAAGAAUUUGAGGUGGACUCGACUGUAAACCUGAAAGACCUCAAGCUCAAAGCCGGACAAGCACUGCUUCUGCAGUUCCCCUACACGGGCUAAAGAUGGCGCCAAAGGAUAGGAAAGCUGCAUACUGAAUAGUGUUGCUCUUAAUGCAGUUUCUGAAUACAUUCUUAUGGAUUAAAACUGCAUUAAGUAGAUACAUUUCAGUCUGACAGAACAUAAAUUUAGUGGGUUAAAUGAAACAUGCAGUUUAAAAAUGUUUAAAACAUUAGCUAGUGCAAUAACACUACAUUGUUCAAAUGUGUGAAAGACAUUCCAUUCCUGGUUCUUUGAGCAUUUUUCUUAAGUUGUGCUGUUUAUGGUUUCUAGAAAUCUUACAUUUUCCUUUUUAGUGACUUUAUGAACCUUUGGGGGAGAGUUUUUGUAACUCGCACAGGAAAAAGAAGUAAAGUUUGGAUGCAUGAUGUUCGAGUCUGUCAAGUGAAAAGAAUAAACGGCAUUCUGCUCAACCGCA